AGGAGUCUACAGAAGUGUGAAGACCCUUCUAGACCCACCAUGGCCUGUGGGUGUGCCUAAGUGGUGUUCUAAAGGUUGGAUGUGUCUUCCGCUAAGGGGAAACUCUGCCGAAAUUUCGUGGACGCCGACACUUGUGAAAAUAUCGAGGGAGCUGAGUGUGGACAGCAAAGGGGGGCUGAAAUUCAUUUGCUUGAUGAGGUAAAACCCCCUGGGAAGAUCAAGUAUGUGGCAGCAGCGUCAGGUGCUUUGCUCCCUGUCAUUGGUGUUGGAAAUGCCAAGGUUAAGGGAGCUAAUGGGGAGCUUGUGGGGCUUGGGAAUGUUCUGCUAGUUGAAGGUUUGUCUGCUAACCUUCUCUCUGUGCGGCGACUGCAGAAGAGUAAGGCCGAAGUGACCUUUGGACCAACCAGCUGCCGUGCUAAGCUUGGGAAGAAGGUGCUGUGGAGUCUGGAAGAGGAGACCAGCUGCAUCAAGGACCUGUGGCAGCUGCCCAUCAUCCCUUGGAAUGGGAAGACUCCAACAGCAGCAACGGCAGCAGCGGCAAAGGCAACAGCAGGAGGAGAUGCAACUGCACCAACUGAUGGGGUCCUGGAAGCAGUCAAGAAAGUGCAGCAGCAGCAGACACAUGGUGAGGUGCUUGCUGGUGUGGAUGCGAGUGCGGCAUGGGCUAAGGCUUCAUCAAGGAGUGGAGAGGCCGAUUGGGAGACAUGGCAUGAGAGGCUGUGUCAUGUGAACUUCCCUAUGCUGCAGAAGUUGGUGAAGAAUGGGAGCCUGAAGGGCUUGGAGGUGAAAGGGGAAGUGAAGGAGAUUGGGAGCUGCCCUACAUGCUUGGAGACCAAGUUCUCCAAGUUCCCCUUCAACAGAAUGGAAGCAGCAGCAACAGAAGCUUCCAUCUACACCGCUCAUUGUGGAGGCGGAUGAGGUGCAGCGGCCUUCAAGACAGGUAGAGGUUGCAGUGUCAGAGGAGGAGAUGUCUGGGGUGACUGA